AUGCUUUCUUUUGCAUUGACUCUGGCCCUGCUUCUUGGUGCGAAUGCUGUGCCAGCGCCGUUCAGGGCGAACCCGCUGGCCGGCCAAGUUCAGCCUCUCACCAAUGAGCAGGACCGCGAUGACUCGACCGAGCUCUUGAACAGUGAGACAUUCGAUUCAAGAGCCAUAUGCCUGGACCAGCCAAAAGACCACCAGGAAUUCUUAUCGACCCUGGGAAUAAGACAAACGCUCUCGUCCCAGAUUCUUGGCUGUUACCCAGAUCUGAAUCAGCUUAUUCAUACCGUAUCAGGACCAACGCCCGUCAGUGGCACGGCGAGUGCCUCCAAGGGCCACGCAUAUGGAGAUCCGGAGAAAAAAUAUCAAAAUCCGCAAGUUUGCGCUACAAAUAUCAACAAAUGGGCGUGCAUGCACGGCCUCGCAUGCAAUCUCAACGCCGGAAUCCCGACUUGCUACCCGUCAUCAACUAGCCAGGGUAAUGAUGGACAGUACUUUGACAUGUUGAAAAUGCGCGUUAAGCUUGGCAGCGACAUACGAGCGGGAACAGGGACAAGAAUAUAUGCAUACUUUGGAAAUUCGACGGAUAGCCUCCAGCUAGACGAACUUUUCGACACGCCUUGGUUUGGAGAUCAAGCCGAAAUCAACGUAGAUCUCAAUCGCGUGUUUCGGAGCAAAGUCGUUUCCUUGGAUCUUUUGCGUCAUGUCAAUAUCGUGCAUCAGAGCGGCCAUGACGAGUAUCAAGUGCGAGAUAUUUCGUUGGAGAUUCGCGAUGCUCAUACUCACAUUCAUUUCAAAAAUUCUAGGUGGGAAAACUUGAACCUGUGGUUGCCCCUUGGUGACGAGGAGGCCGAAGACCCGCGUCCCCACCUCAAAGUAGCCUGGCAUGGGGAUAUAAAGAAGGACGACUGGCAACCCACUCCUCCGAGCAGCAUGACAUCCCUACAGUUUCGCCAGCUCCCGCGCCGAAUCGAAGGUUCAAAAACUGCGUUAGUUUCCCCCUACCCUCUGUACUCUCUUGGACUGUUCACGCGAAAGCGAUAUGCUAACAUAACCGGAAAUCACAGUAUUUCUCUCCCAUACAGUGCUGGUUCCAAGAGUAGGAGAGCCAACCAAUUGGUUUCUGUGGCAUUUUUGUGUGGGUUCAUCGUGAAGAAGAUCCCUCAUUCAUUGAGCUUCCGCGUGUACAGGUUGAAAGCAUGA